AUGAAGCCUUUAAUAGAUUUUGAUGAGUGCCUCAGAGAUUCCCCAAAAUUUAGGGAACAGCUGGAGACUGAGGAAGCUAGCAUCGAAGCUUUAGAACAAAAGCUUGACAAAGUUCUUAAGUCUUGUUCUGUUAUGAUCGAGUCGGGUAAAAUUUAUAUGACUCAAAGAAGCACAUUCACAAAUGCACUGUGGGACUUGACAAGCAGUUUCUCAGAAGAUGCAACUGUCCAAUCAGCUUUGAACCGCAUGAUCCAUGCUUUACAAGAAAUGACUAAGUUUCAUUCCAUACUACUGGAUCAGGCUUCUAGGACUGUACUAAAGAAUCUCUCUGCAUUUAUUAAAGUAGAUAUCAAGGGUGUGAAAGAAAGCAAACAUCACUUUGAUAAAAUCUCCAAUGAUCUUGAUAUAGCUUUAAAUAGAAAUUCGCAGGUAUCGCGUCAUAAACCUAUGGAUGUUGAGGAGGUUGUGAAUCUCUUGUUGGCGACGCGUUCCUGUUUCCGACAUACUGCCUUAGACCAUGUUCAGAAAAUUACUAUGCUUCAAGUCAGACGCCGACAUGAAAUACUUGCAACAUUCCUGUCAUAUUUGCAAGCGUGCUGCACUUACCACCAUCAAGGUGCUGAUUUAUCUGAAGACUUAGAACCAUUCCUCAAAUCAAUUGCAGACGAGAUUGCAACAAUGCGUAACGAUACAAAAAUACUCGACAAGGAGAUGGAAAAUCGGCAUACAAUAGUCAAUAGUAAGGAUACGGUUUUACCAAGUUGUAAAUCCGUCGCUAGCGAAAGGGAUAGCAAAGAUGGCUUAAUGAGCACUCCUUGUUUGAAAAAUAUGCCCCGAAUGCAAGGAUAUUUGUUUAAAAGGACAUCGAAUGCGUUUAAAUCGUGGAAUCGGCGUUGGUUCUAUCUGUACGACAAUCGUCUCGUGUAUAGGAAAAGAACGGGUGAAUUAAAUGUUACGGUGAUGGAGGAGGACUUAAGGCUAUGUACAGUCAAACCAGUGCACGAUGGCGAGAGGAGAUUUUGUUUUGAAGUUUUGUCACCAUCAAAAAGUCACAUGCUCCAAGCUGAUUCAGAGGAAAUGCUCAAUUCGUGGAUAACGGCUCUCCAGAAUGGGAUAAGGGCGGCCAUACAGCAAGGACAGAGUAGAGACAAUCCCGACUCGCAAAUGGUCCUCGUGCCGGAUGACACUCGGACAGCAAGUAAUAGGCAUAGUGUUGCCACCCCAGCUAUGAAGAAAAUCAGAAUUUGGGAGCAAUUGCUCAGUAUACCGGGGAACAAUUACUGCUGCGACUGCGGCAGCCCCAACCCGCGCUGGGCGAGUAUUAACCUGGGAAUAACAUUGUGUAUAGACUGUUCGGGUGUUCAUCGCUCGUUAGGCGUUCACGUCAGUAAAGUGAGGUCACUUACGUUAGACGACUGGGAGCCAGAUAUUAUAAAGGUAAUGGCAGAAUUAGGUAACAAAAUAGUCAAUUUAAUAUAUGAAGCCAAUACAGAAGGCACUACCAUCACAAGGGCCACACCUGAUUGUGAAGCGUCAGUGCGUGAGGCGUGGAUAAGGGCAAAGUAUGUGAAGCUGGAGUUUGUGAAGAACAUUGUAAGCAGUAUGACAGACUCCAUACAGGAGUCGCCCUUGAGAAACGGCAGGCGGUGGUCGGUGCGUCGCGCCAGGCGGAGAGUUCGUGUUCCGCCAUCUGUACCUGAGACAAUUAAAGAUGAAAAAAGUGACGCGAAUAGUAACACAAGUGUAUCCGAGAGCUCGACGAAGUCGGACGGCAGUCCCGUGCUGCUGAUCGGCACCGAGCUGUCCGGCGAGCGCCCCGUCGACCUCGGCCUGCCCUCCGACCACGACUCCACAGAGGGAGAGGAUGACGAUUUGGGUGCGGAGGACAUAUCCCUGCUGUCGGCGGAGGCGGUGCUGGCGCGGGCGGCGCGCGCGCACAACGUGUGCGUGAUGCGCGCGGCGCUGGCGGCCGGCGCCGACGCCAGCCGCGCCGGCGCGCGCGCGCGCACGCCGCUGCACGCCGCCGUGCUCAGCGGUUCAGUAAUGGCAUGCUCAUUUUUGUUACUCAACGGCAGUAAGUUAAACGCUCAAGAUGAAGACGGAAUGACGCCGCUGCAUCUCGCCACGGAGGCGGGUCACACUGGACAGGUGUGCCUCCUGCUCCGCUACCGCGCGGACCAGUCGCUGGCCGACGGCGCGGGCCGCACGCCGCUCGACAUAGCCGUGGCGCACGCCAACGCUGAUAUCGUCACAUUGUUGAGACUAACAAAGCUGAACGAGGAGAUGCGCGAGAGCGAGAUGUCCUCCAACGACGACACGUACAACGAGGUGUUCCGCGACUACACGCAGCUGGCGCACUCGCACCCCGAGCGCCUCGUGCGCGCCAAGCACAACAACAAUGACGGUGAACAAGCUAGUGAA